UGGUUCUGCUGCGGGUAGGAUCGACUUUAAUUCAUUUAAAAAAUUUUUUUUUUUUUAAAUUUAAAAAAAAAGAACUCUCCUGAUAGUUUGCUGCUCUUCAUCAGGGAUCUGUGAAGAUUCGACGGAUUUACUUUUGAGACGUGCGACACGGAGCCUAGACCAACUAAUGCAUUUAUCACUGGACGCCAUGAGCUUGGUGGACGACAGGUGCCUUUCGCCCGGCAACUUCCAGGAACUGGGGAAAUGCGGCGUCUUUGCCGCGGGGAACCGCGUCCACAGCAUCGACGUCAUCCUCGGCUUCAGUAAAGACCAGGAGCCGCUGCUCGGUCCUGCCGGGACUUCUGGUCCUCACGAAGUGGACAUAGAAGGCCUGGUGCAUUCUGGGAAGGAGCAGGAUUCACCUUUACACCCAUUUUACAGCGCAAACCUUUAUUCACUGAAAAAAGGCGACACGGAUCAGCAGCAGCAGCAGCAGCAGCAGUUUCAUGAUGCUGGUUUAUACACCAGUAAGUGUGAAGAUGAACUGAGCGAACCGACCAGGAGUCUGGACAGUGACGAGGGCAGAUCUCCAGAGUCGUCCAGGGACAAUCAGCCCAAGAAGAAACACAGACGCAACCGCACCACCUUCACCACGCACCAGCUUCACGAGCUGGAGUGCGCCUUCGAGAAGUCCCACUACCCAGACGUGUACAGCAGAGAGGAGCUGGCCAUGAAGGUGAACCUCCCAGAGGUCAGAGUUCAGGUGUGGUUCCAGAACCGCAGAGCUAAAUGGCGGCGGCAGGAGAAACUGGAUGCCAGCACUAUGAAGCUCCAAGACUCACCCAUGUUGUCCUUCAACCGCCCGGCCCAAGUUCACACCGGCAUCGGUCCCAUGACAAACCCCCUCCCCCUGGAUCCGUGGCUGACCUCCCCCCUGUCCGGUGCCACGACCGUCCACAGCAUCCCCGGCUUCAUGGCUCCACCUCAGGGUCUCCAGCACGGCUUCCCGAGCCACAACUUUCUCAAAACUGCCCCUCACCCUCACCCUCACUCUCACCCUCACCCUCAUCACUCCAUGGGUCAGGCGAUGCAGAGUGUGGCCCCCCCUCCUUAUCAGUUCCCUGGACUCUACCCUGAUAAAGACCCGGUGGAGAACAUGGAGCAGCGCAGCUCCAGCAUCGCUGCACUGAGGAUAAAGGCAAAAGAACACAUCGAGUCUAUGGACAGGACCUGGCAACCCAUGUAAUUUUCAGACCUGGCAACCCAUGUGAGUGACGUUUGGAACACAUGGUAAUGAUAUAGAGAAAAUGAAGAACUUUGUUGGAUUUAUUUUUUUUUUAAAUACUGAACUCUUGAUGUUUAAAUGACACCUGAGCUGCUGUAGCUUCUCCUCCGUGAUUUGAUCUGUCGUAUAGUUCUAGAUGGAUCUUUACGUCUACAUCAUCAAACUGUGUGUAGUCAACCUGUGAUGGUUCAGCCGUCGCCUUCACCUGAUCAUGUGAUCAAUCACAGGUUUUUUAGCUGGAUGGGAGGAGCAUAUUAUCAUCUGUAUAAAAACUAGUCCAGAUGUUACUGGUCCAGGUGUGAGUUCUUGUCUUUGUCUGGACCUGAAGGAGGAGAAAGACUUCAGACUGAAGAUGUCCCUGUAACCACCGCGUCGUUAAAAUGGUUCUUCUGAUGAUCCAGUAGGGGGAGUGACGGUCGUGUUCUGUUGGUUUUUCAGCUGUUAUAAAAAAACACGAAAGUCAGUAAACACUGUGUUUAACAAGGGAUAAAUUCACCGAUGUUGGUCAGAGAAUAAACCAAAGGCUCGAUAAUAAAGAAAACUGAAACAGAUUUUUUUUCACUGAUAAUAUUUCUUUUGGUUUUCUAAUUAUUUCAUGUCAUAAUGUAACAAAGUGAAUAUUGUUAUUGUUUGUUUUCUCCUACAUCAAUGGAGAUUUUUCAGAAAGACAAAGUCAAAAUAAAUCUAGUUUGGUAGAAUGUCGACCAGUGAACUUAUUCCCACAGAGUCACUCUUUCUUUUUUCUUA